AGCCGGACCUCGAAAUUUCAAACUCCGGAUUGCAGAUUGAGAAGAUCACCAACUUCGACGACAAGUUCUUGAUCGCACAACCGGCACAAUGGCGAUCAAGCACAACCAGCAGCUUCCCAACAACCAUUUCCGAAAGGAUUGGCAACGCCGGGUUCGGACACACUUCGACCAGCCCGGAAAGAAGGUCAGCCGCCGAGAUGCGCGACGUGUGAAGGCUGCUGCCGUCGCUCCCCGGCCCAUCGACAAGCUGAGGCCCAUCGUCCGGUGCCCGACCAUCAAGUACAACCGACGAGUCCGCCUUGGCCGCGGCUUCACUCUGGCUGAGCUGAAGGCUGCCAACAUCUCCCGCCACUAUGCCCCCACCAUCGGCAUCGCCGUCGACCACCGCCGCCAGAACCUUUCAGAGGAGUCCAUUGUCGGCAACGUCGAGCGCCUGAAGGAGUACAUGAGCCGCCUCAUCGUCUUCCCCCGCAAGUCGAACAACCUCAAGAAGGGUGACUCGCCCAAGGAGGACCACAAGGCCGAGACCCUCACCAGGCUCCCUACCACCGUCCCGGUUGCCAGCGGCUUCUCCGAGAUCAAGAAGAGCGAUGUGCCCAAGCCGGUCGAGGGUGGUGCCUACGUCGCGCUUCGCCAGGCGAGAGCGAAUGCUCGCUACGCGGGUGCGCGGGAGAAGCGGGCCCGGGACGCGGCCGAUGCCGAGGCAGCCAAGAAAUAGACGGCGCGGGAACGGCGACGUACUGGGGAAGGGGGAGGAAUUUCUUGACGGGUCGUCUGGCAGGUCUGCUUUCCUUGUCUACUGGACGGUGGAUGCUGGUUUCCUAUGGCCGCGUAGGUAGUUCGGGGAUAUCAUCGUUUACCAAGGUCAUGGUUCAGAGAAGUUUACUUUGCAUCAAAGGGAUUUGCUAGAUCGUUCGGAAAAUGAAUGGGAAUGGAAAGGCAAACUCCCCUUGUCUGGCCAUUGUGAUACUGCAUGUGACUUGGCCCAGUUCACGAGAAUCGCUGGAUGAGUGUGGAUUUGUUUCUACUCUAUACAGAUAAAACGUGAGCGAGGAGGUUCCAUCUAAAUGCUUCCCAUAUACGCCCA